AUGAGGCACUCUUGUUCAGAUAUCGAUUGUGAAAUCAUCAGUCCAGGGAGACACGUGUUCCCUUUCACGUUUCAAAUUCCAGACAGAAAUAUACCAAGCACCUUCAAAGCCAGGCGAGGCAAUAUUGUCUACUCGUUGGAGGCAAAGUUGAGCAGAUCAAUGAAGGUGGACAAGACAGCCAAGACUAAGUUCACCUUCAUCUCCAAAGCAGACAUAUCUCUUCCUGCAUUAAUGGAACCUCAGCAUGGGACCAAGGAUAAGGAUAUUGUGUUCUUUGCAUCUGGAAACAUCUCUAUGAGUAUUCACACUGAGAAGAUGGGAUACCAGCAAGGUGAAGCAAUAAAAAUCCUUGUUGAGAUACACAACAACUCUACACGCACAGUAACCCCCAACUUCUACCUAUAUGAAGAGCAAAGCUUCUUCGCCAAGCAUAAAAGGAAAUUCUACACCAUUGACAUCAUUAAAGAGAGAGGAGAUCCUGUUACGGCUUCUACAAGACAGACUGUGACCAAAGUAUUGACUAUCCCUCCACAACUUCCUGUCUCCCUCCUAGACUGCUCCAUACUGAAGUUAGAGUACAGACUGAAGGUCACUCUUGACGUCCCAAUGGCCAAAGACCCAGAGGUUACACUUCCCCUGGUUAUCCUCCUGGAUAAAUCAAUAGCAGCUGAGGAACGGCAGCAGGAAUACAGCUGGUCUAAAUGA